CACACACGCACUACAGCUGUUCCCAAUGUCUGUCAUGUCGCGUCCAGUUUUUUUUUAUUGAACUACAAUAACUCGUUGUCGCACCUGGGGGGGCUUUCCAAAGGAUAAAUGUGCAAAUGACGUGCCUCAGCACUCGCUUUCUAGAAAGAGCUGCUGAAUUCCAAUGUUCACCCCCGACGCAGGGGAGUGCGUAAUGGCUAUUUAGAGAGGGUACCACGUCACGGAUAAAUAACACAGGGUACACGGCGUUUAUGAACAGCCUCCGGACGAUAACAGUCCCAAGUCACCCUCUUCCUCUCGUGGUUUUAAUAGCGAGUAGUAGGCCUACCAAAGGCAUAGCGGUACAUCUACUGCCGCCAUAUCACACGGUUUUCUGGAUUCAUUUUCUUUUGGGACUGACAGCACCCGCCGACCGCGUCGAGCAGCAGUUUUUCAAGGCGGGGACGUUUUUGGGGGAAAAUGGGGAAAGAUUACUAUAAAAUACUAGGUAUUUCUAAAGGAGCCGCGGAUGAGGACAUCAAAAAAGCAUACAGAAAGCAGGCCUUGAAAUGGCACCCCGACAAAAACAAGGCAGCCAAUGCCGAGGAGAAAUUCAAGGAGAUCGCCGAGGCGUAUGAAGUCCUCAGUGAUCCCAAGAAGAGGGAGAUUUAUGACCAGUACGGAGAGGAAGGUCUCAAGGGAGGCAACGGCCCCGCCCCCGACGGCCAGGGCAGCAACUUCACCUACACCUUCCACGGGGACCCGCACGCCACCUUCAACACCUUCUUCGGCGGCGCCAGCCCCUUCGAGAUGUUCUUCGGGCGCAAGGCCAACGGGCGCGGCGGCGGCGGCCUCGGCGGCGACGACGACGACAUGGAGGUGGACGGCGGCGACCCCUUCGGCUCCUUCACCAGCUUCAACAUCAACGGCUUCCCGCGCGAGCGCCACGUGGGCGUGGGGGGCCAGCAGCAGCAGCAGCAGCAGGGGGGGGGUGGAGGGGGGGGGCAGCGGCGUAAGCAGGACCCGGCCAUCCACCACGAGCUGCGGGUCUCCCUGGAGGAGGUGUACCACGGCUGCACCAAGCGCAUGAAGAUCUCCCGCAAGAGGCUGAACGCCGACGGGCGCACGCUGCGCCACGAGGACAAGAUCCUCGCCAUCGAGAUCAAGCGGGGCUGGAAGGAGGGCACCAAGAUCACGUUCCCCCGCGAGGGAGACGAGUCGGCCAGCACCAUACCCGCCGACAUCGUGUUCGUCAUCAAGGACAAGGCCCACCCCCACUUCAGACGGGAGGGCUCUGACAUCGUGUACGCGGUGCGCGUCAGCUUGAGACAGUCGCUGUGCGGCUGCUCGGUGACCGUGUCCACCAUCGACGGGAACACGUGCAACAUGAAGAUCACGGACGUCAUCAAGCCGGGCAUGAGGCAGAUCGUGGCCGGCCAGGGCCUCCCUCUGCCCAAGACCCCAGAGCAGAGGGGAGACCUGGUGGUGGAGUUUGACGUGAACUUCCCAGAGACUCUACCUAGCAACGCCAAGGACGUUCUGAAACGCCACUUACCUGCCUGAGAGGAAGAGGGGAAGGAAAUGAAAGAAGAAGGACAUGGACGGAACAAGGGGUGAUGUCUUAGCACCUGACAAGAUCACACAGACAAACACACGCACACACGCACGUAUACACAGAUAUAAACACAGAUAAACACAAUAAGGACAUCUGUUGGCUCUUGACCGGUGCCCCCCUCCCCCUAACCCCUUUCAAUGAAUGUGCAAUUUCUAUUUUUCAUAUAUGUGGUGUUUUUAUUAACGCCAUGCAUGUUGCCAAGUAGAUGAAGUGUUUAUAUCUGAAAGUUAACAUUGUGUACAUGGUAACUCCUUACUUCUCCUCCCACUAUUUUUGUUAGGUUUCCUUUGAUGAUGAAGAUGCAGAUGUAAACAAUUGCCAAAGUCCUAGUUAUUUUAGAAACCUGCCCUGUGGUAAAGGACAUGUUCUAUUCGUUUUUUGUAUUCCUUUGGCCAGUUUUCACAAAUGUAUAAUCAAGCCACGUUCUUAUGUACAGAUUCAAGUGUGUAUUUUGAGGCAGACCGUGUAAUAAAAGAUAGAUGCUUUUAUAGAUAUGCUAAAAAAGGCUCAACUAAAGAAACGCAAGUGUACCCUAGGGACAAAGGGUGCAAGGGCCGACUACACUCAAACAUUUGGCUAUUGCACAUUUUAGGUAAGGCCUACGGAACUGUAACUUUUAAAUAACGAUGCAAACUUCAGCCUACUUUGAAGAAGAAUAAAAGUGACUUUUAUUUUAACAAAUUGCUAUAGUUUGUUGUGACUGUCGACUACCUAAAGAUCUGAUUUAUCAAACUUGAUAAUAAAAUCUAUUGAUACAUGUU